GAAAGCUAAAUGAAUUCACCAAUGGCUGCAUGCAGCUAUUUCCAGAGCCAGCGGUACUAUGGAAAAUGGGGGCCACAGGGGAUUAUAAAGUCAACCAUGUUUCUUCUCAAUUAGCCGACUCCGAUUAAGAGUAUCAUUCCGCUUACUGUGAAACUGCAUCCUCAGCUCUUAUAUAUUUCUGGAAGAUCACAAUGGCUCUUAGACCGUGCAAAGUCAUCGUCGUGGGUGGUGGAGUAGCCGGUCUUGCCAUCGCCCUUAUGUUGGAGAAGCAUGGUAUCGAUUAUCUCCUCCUAGAAGCAUACUCGGAUAUCGUGGCUACAGUAGGUGCGGGUAUCGCGCUAUCACCAAAUGGCCUUCGAAUUCUUGAUCAGCUUGGUUGUUACGAGGAUAUUCUUAGUCACUCGGCAAGUGUUGAUCAGAUGCACGCUCGGAAGCCUGGUGGAGAGGUAAUUUGGGGGAUGGAGGCUGGUUUGGAGGAGGGGGCUACCAAAAGGCACGGAUAUCCUUGGGUGUGGAUGGAUCGGAAGUCGCUACUCGAGGUUUUGUACGAUCACAUUGCGGACAAGUCCAAGCUGUUGACUGGUAAGCGGUUGGUGUCUGUUACGCACACCGAGACCGGGGAUGUUGUGGUUACGGCGGAUGGGUCGACAUACGCGGGCGAUAUUGUGGUUGGGACUGACGGGACCCAUUCCGCGGUACGGAAGGAGAUCGCCAAGCGUGCAGAGGAGAUGGAUUUGGGGGAGGAUUAUGCGGAACAAAACAAGGUUGCUGCAAGCUACAGUUGUCUCUUUGGCAUGUCGGAUUCCGUCCCGGGAUUCCCGAGUCGCUGCCUCGAAUUUGUGGCCAACGAGGGCUUCUCAUAUGUGCUAGGCACCGGCCCCAAUGACCGUGUGUAUUGGUUCAUUGUGAACAAACUGGACCAGAUAUACUAUGGCGCUGAUAUCCCGCGAUUCACCGAUGAAGACAAGGAGAAGAUCCUUCAAGACCACAUGAAUGACCAGAUCACGCCAGAUAUUCGCUUGUCGGAUCUCUACAGCCGCGCAUUGACCACCAGCUGCACGCCCAUGGCCGAAUUCGUCUACAAGAAUUGGCAUCUGGGAAGGAUGAUUACCAUCGGAGAUGCUUGUCACAAGGUGCUCCCAAUUACUGCGCAAGGUGGGAAUCAGGCCAUUGAGAGUGCAGCCGCGGUAGUAAACGGUCUGGCCAGGGCUUUAUCGCAGGACUCGUCCCUAGGGCCGUUAUCCGAGUCGGAGAUCAAGUCGAUGUUUGAUCAAGUGCAGGAUCUUCGCUUCGCGCGCAUGACACAAAUUGUUAAGCAGACAAAUCAGCGACAGCAGAUGGAGGCCAUGGAAACGCCGGAGCUGAAACACUUCCUUCUCAACGUAUAUGCGGGUCUGAUGCCGGGCGCAAUGUGGUCAAGAUGGGAGGACUGGUUUGCCGCCGGCGUUUCCUUGAAAAGGCUCGCGAUUCCCACAAGACCAAGAACUGUUCUAUUUCUGGACGAGAUAGCUCCAGUGGAGGCUAAUCUGUAAUGAGAGUUCGAUAUGAGUAGCACUAGGUAAUAUAUUGACGUAUAG